UUCAUCCCCUCUUGUAUUUCUUGAGGAGAGGGUGGGGAGAGGAGCCAAAAGAAAGAAGAUGGCUCUUUCUUCCACCUUGACGUUUCUCUCCUUCCUUCUCUCUCUCUCCUGCGUCGCCACCUUGACGCUUUCUUUCAACGUCUCCACGCUCUCCUUCGACGAAGCUUAUUCCCCUCUCUUCGGUGACGGCAAUCUCGUCCGUUCACCUGACGGAAAGAGCGUUCGUCUCCUCCUCGACCGUUACACCGGGUCAGGUUUCAUAUCUUCGGAUCCCUACCAGCACGGAUUGUUCAGCGCUUCCAUCAAGCUGCCGUCGGAAUAUACGGCCGGCGUCGUCGUCGCCUUCUACACAUCGAAUGGGGAUAUAUUCGAGAAGACGCACGACGAAUUGGAUUUUGAAUUUCUGGGGAAUAUACAAGGAAAGCCAUGGAGAGUGCAAACGAACUUGUACGGAAACGGGAGCGUGAGCCGUGGAAGGGAAGAGAGAUAUGUCUUGUGGUUCGAUCCCACCAAGGAAUUCCACCGAUACAGCAUCCUCUGGACACAGAAAAACGUCAUAUUCUACAUCGAUGAGGUCCCGAUCCGGGAAGUAAUCCGCAGUGACGAGAUGGGCGGCGAUUACCCAUCGAAGCCGAUGUCCCUCUACGCCACCAUAUGGGAUGGAUCGACAUGGGCCACGUCGGGUGGCCGGUACAAGGUCAACUACAAGUACGCACCCUUCGUUUCCGAAUUCACAGAUCUCGUCCUCCAUGGCUGCGCCAUCGAUCCCAUCCAGCAGCUCCCCACCCCCAAAUGCUCCGGGCCUAAUGCCGACCUUUCGGAUGCCGACUAUGCUGAGGUGACGCCAGAGAGGCGGGUCGCCAUGCAGCAGUUCCGGGAGAAGUACAUGAUCUACUCGUACUGCUACGAUAUUCUGCGGUACCCGGUCCCACCGCCAGAGUGCGUCAUAGUGCCGGCGGAGAAGAAGCUGUUCAAGGACAGUGGUCACUUGAAGUUUGCUUACCACCGCCAUCGCCGCCAUCAUCGUUCGAAGCGGAGCCAGAGCCGGAGAGGGUCGGUGAGGCAGGAGAGAACGGCCGAUAUGUGAAUCGAUUUUAUACAUUUUGAUAUCGGUUUGGUGGUAGCUGAUAUUGAGUUUCGGUAUUGUGGAUAUGCUGUUAUUAUUUUUAUAUUAUUAUGUUUAUGAUGAAAAGGAAAAUUGAAUUUUAUUGGAAUAAUAUUUGAUUGAUUA